AUGCUCGCACGCGCCGGUCUUCGAGUCGCGCGGACGCGACUCGUGAGCGCGAGGGCUCUGGCGACAGUCUCGCCUCCCCCCGCAUCCAUUUACUCUCCGCCCCAUGCCCCGCCCCCACCCCCCGUCUCGGCCUCGUCCUUAUCCUCUGCCCCUCCUGCACCUCCUGCGCGACCUGCGGAAGAAGACCUCCUCGCGCUCGGCAUCACGCCCGAGCACUUCGGGCCGCGCCCCGAAGACAUCCCGCCGAUUUCGGAGCGCCUUAAGCCGCUCAUCCCCUUCCUCGUGAUCUGGACGAUCAUCACCAGCCUCGCGAUGCACUUGCUGCGCGUGCGCAAGCAGGGCGAGGCAGAGCGGGAGCGCGGCGCCGCGCAGGAGUCGGUGUUGCGCGGCCUCAUGGCGCGCUUUGGGGCUGGCGAGGUCGUGCCGGACCUCGAGAUACGCCGCGAGCUCGAGAUGGUCGGGUUGAGGGAACGGACGGCAGCGAGCGCAGGCGCGCAGAUCGAGGAGAUGCGCGACGUCAGCUGGUGGGAGGUGUUGCGGGGGCGGAGGGAACAGCGCGCCAAGCGCGAUGAGAGAGAACAGGAGGUCGAGGAGGGCGGGGACGAGGCGGCUGCUGCUGAGUGGAGCAAGAUCGUCGCGGAGGCUACGGCCGCACCUGCGGAUGCGCCCGUCGUCAGCGAAAAGGCCAAGGAGCGGACCGAGGGGACAGUCAGGCGCGCGAAGGGCGCCGACGCGUACUUGUAG